GAGCGUUUCAAAAUUCACUUGAUCUGUUUCUGCUGUUUUGAUGCAGAGAGGGAGGAAUGGUGGAUUCGGGCUGAUUCGGAUGGAGAAAUGCACGAAUGCAGACCACAUGCGUCAAAUGCAGGCGUACACGUGUACAGUCACGUGUUGGCAAUGGCCUUUUCAUGCAUUCCCCUGAAAAAAAAUUUGGAUUCUAUGUGUAGUUUUUUUUUCGUUGAGAGGUCUUGCUUGCCCAAAUACUAGAAAUAGGGCACAGACUUCGUCUUUUUUAGUUUGGUGAUCGCCAGUCUACGUUUGGAGCUUUUCGACAGACUUCGUCCAGUGCCACCAGACCACUGAUCAUGUCGUCGCGGAAGCAUGACGUGCAGGCCAGACGUUCCUCGCGUCGUGCCACUCCUGGGGCCUACCAGUGUGGAAACCCCUUCCACUACCAGUGGGGGAGUACGUCCACAAGGAAGGACAAAAACGCCAGGAAGUCGCUGUUGAAUGUCCUCUCCAGCAUCAGCGGACGGAACAUCAAGUCUAUCUGCAGGUACUGCCGACAUGUUGCUGAUGAGAAGCCAGAAGUCACCAGUCACCCGCUCUACAAGGGUCCGUCAGUAUUAAACACUCCUGGUGUGGUAAGUCGCAAUGAUGCUCCUCCUUUUGAUGAUUCUGUGGAUGGUGGGGGUGUGGCCUCUGGUGAUGGAUCUGCUUGUGGGAUUCAGUGUGGCAAUGGCGUGGGAAGCAAUUGUGGUAAGGAGGUUGGCGUUGCUUGUGCCGGAGGGUCAGUAGGUAGUUUACUCGACACAAUUGGUCAUGGGUUGGGCAGCAGCUUGGGUGGUGGUCAGGAGUUGGGCAGUGGUAGCACAGGUGGCGAAGACUUAGAUAGAGAUAGCUUAGGUGGUCUGGAGUUGGGUACGGACAAUGUAUCUGUUCAGGAAGAGGGUAGGCCCCACCUACUUGGUCAGGAUGUGAGUGCCUUGCCUGACAUACCGUGUUCUUGUUGUUCUGAACUGCAAGUACAGUUGCUGGCAAAGGAGGCAGAAAUAAAAGCCCUCCGUCUUCAGGUGGGUAUGUUGGAGAAUGUUAGGGAUGAGCAGGCCAAACAGCUUGCUGAGGUUACAGAGCAAGUUGAGGGGAUGGUGAAGGUGGAUGAGUUAUUGGCACAACAGGUGGGCCGGGUAAAUCUGGUGGAGAAAAUAGUGGAAAAAGAGAACAUGCUGUUGUUCUCGGAUACUGUUACUGCAAUACAAGGAGCUAAAUCCAGCCGCACCGUUGCAAAUUUGCUGGCAAUCCCCGAAGGUCGCCUAACCGCAAGGCCAUAUAAUCCCGUGGUCGAGGCUUUUGUAACUGGGAUUACAAAGCCGCUUAGUGUUUCAGGCAGUGAUGAGGCUGACCGUAAGCGGGCAAUGAGGCAGCAGGAGGCCAUAGAGUGUAUUCAUGCUGCCAGAAACUUGAAUUAUUGUUCAGAUUUUCAUGUCCUGUUCCAGUCAAUUGUGUAUGCAGUCACUCAGAGUCGGGUUGCAGUUGACCUCAUUGGGCACCUUGGGCCGGGAGGGAGCUACACUCUAGUGAAGGAUUGGCUGGCUAAUCUUGGGGGCGAGCGCAUUUCAGUUCCCCCAGGGUUUGUCACCAUUGGCUUCGAUAAUGAGCAAAGGCAACUCAAGUCAUAUUUGUCCCGAGGUGCAAACCGCUCUACGUACGAGGUUCUUACGAAUGUUGUUUAUGCGGUCAAUGAUGACUCGUCAGUACAGAGCAAUGAGCAAUUUCAUUUCAGGCACUGGGUUUUCCCAUCUGUGGCGGAACUACAGAACAUUUACGACACACAUCCCGAAACAACAGACUCACACUCACCAAUGCACGCACACCUUCUUCAGUACAUGGACUCGCGCAUAAACAAUCUACUCAUGGAGGCAAAGUACAAAGACCCUGUCGACACAUAUGGGAGAGAGGAGGAAAGGGCAAAGAAGGUGAUUGUGUGCCCUGGCUGUAAAACGGAGUAUGAGAAGCGGAAGGUAAAAUGUUCAAACACAGAGUGUGCUGUGGAGAACCUUAGGGCAGCUAUAGCCAGUGCGACCGGGCAAUCUCGGGUGUCGACUGAGGUGAUUCGUGUACCCCGACAGGGUACAGUUGGGCACGGGACACAGUACGUUUACAAGAACGUUGCAGAUGGUGCUGGUGUUGUUGUGGGGAAAGUUCGUAGUGGAGUACACGGGGCCAGUGAAAACACUCUUCCUCCAGCUGAUGUUGGGCUUCUUGAGCCAGUUUUCGUAAAUCCCAAUUCCCAUGAGGCCGUCCGUGUGCUAUUGAGAGAGAUUGGCAAAGAUGCAGGGGUGAACCAGUGUUUGGGUGAUGGUAGUGGAACGCGGCAUUGGGUCAAUGUUGUGUGUGAUGGGUUGCCGUAUUCCCUGAUGCGAACUGUACUGGGUGAGUCAAGGGAGGCAGUGAGGCUGGCUACCUUGAAUGCCGCUGGAGUGCUAAACUCUAAAGCCAUGGGCAAACAGGAGCUAGUUGGGGCAUUGAGAGAGCGAGGGCUGAGUACUGCCGGUAGCCUUACCGUAUUGCGCACCAGGCUAGAUGACCACUUGCAGCUGGAAACCACAGCUGGAAACAUCACCAUGCCACACCACUAUCCGGAUGCAGAAUUUGAUUGGGUUGUGUGUCAGAGCGGCGGUCUGCACUGGGAGAUGAACUUGAUACAAGCUGUCAUCAAGACAUUGUUUCCCUUUGUCUACAAGGAGUUUCUCUUGUGCCAGGGCUACACAUCCCCACGUCAACUCGACUGGGCUCACAAAGCGAAAGACCAUCACCGGGCAUAUGAUGAGCUGAGCCGCUUUACGGACGGAUGUGUCGAUGAGCUCCUGCGACCCUACGUACUGCACUGCGGACAGGACGCCCGUCCCACGGCACAUGGAUUUCUUGCUUGGGCUGAGAAGCUCAAGGGGAACCAUGUUUUCACCUGGCUCCUGCAUUGUGUUGUGCAGUACUGCUUUCCCGCAUUUAUGCUCCGGCGUGGCAUGCGGCACGACGACAUUGACCUGUACCUUGCAGCCCGGCGGACAAUGUCGCCACUUCUCCAUGCUCGCAACCACACAACGUACCAGCUAAUAGAGCUGUAUGAAGAGCAGCAGCGGCUUGCGACUCCACCCGACCUGAGGAAACUCCUGGACAGGACACUGUUCCUGAGCCGCUCUGGCAGAACAGACGCGCACCAAGCAGUCGACGCUGUGGUUGAAGAACUAAAUGCCAACAUGAAGGCCUGGGUGUCUGGUGACAAGGACUCAAAUAUGUGGCGGCAUGUGGCCCGCAACUACAACCAACUGGUGACGUUGAGGUCGAAGGUAUUUGGCACCCUGAGGCUCACGGAUCCCAAAUCCACUGCUAAGGCCCAACCGUCGUACGAGAAGGAGCUGGUUGUUUGGCGACACCGCCUUCGUAGCUUCCUGUGCCCUGGAGAAGAGCUGGCUCUUCACCGCCCGUUAGAGUCCAUGUCAUCCGAUGAGGACAUGUUGGACACUGCUGUGGACCUCACCGACAACGGGAAGCGUCGUCGCCGAGAACUUUGCGAGUCCUUUGGUAAUGGACAGUGGCCGAAGACUCGUUCAUCGAAGUCCGUCCACUUCCUUACCACUGAUGAGAAGGAGAAAGUCCACGCAGAGAGCAACCGUUCAGUGGCAUCUCUCAAACGUGAGUUUCAUCGCCUCGUCCAGCACCUACCUGACCAAGCACUGGCGUCAGAACUCGCAGCACAGCUCCAGGUCUGUUCUACUUCCCAAUCUGCUCUGGAUGUUGUCAAACAGCUCCGUUCCAUGGUUAACUCAAUCACUGAUGUUCAGCCGGCAGUGGACAUGGAAAUCGACUCCUAGUUACAUACAGUGGAAUAUACAAUGGGCCGGUCUAUUUGUAAUGGAAUGUCAAUGCAUUUGGUGAGUUCUGUGCCGUUGUAUUUGUACAAGUAGGCUCCAACUUCCAUUUCCUGGGUGCUGGGGUGUGCAGCACUACUGUCAGACUAUGGCAUUAUUUAUGUGCCAAGGGUAAAAAAUAGCCAUCAAAAUUAUGUGGUUUUGGUGUGCGCCAUUUUUCAUUCUCUGCGAAAUCUACACUUACAGCUGUUGGAGCUUACCUGUGCAUAUUGUUUAGUUUGUAUGUUAUGGAUAAUGCACUAAUGUAAAAAAAGGGUUGUGCUGUACUUCCUCCGAUAAGCAAACUUUAUUUACUUUUGACACACCCUGAAGUAGAAAAAUUUUGCUGAACGGAGGUAGUACCAUUUAGGAACAUUUUUACUGAGUUGAUGUG